UAAAGGAAUUUUCUUGGAUUAAGUGUGCCCUCGGAUAUUCUUUUAUAUUCUUUAUAGUCAAAUCUUUAUUGUUUAAAAAUUUCAAAUGGAUAACGCUCACAUUUAUUCGGCGAAGGAAGCAUUGAAUUAUUUUAAUGUACAAGAAAAUGAAGGCCUUUCAGAGAUACAGAUAAAGUCAAAUUUAGAGAAAUUUGGAUAUAAUGAAUUGCCAGCAGAAGAAACUAAAUCCAUAUGGCUUCUCGUCCUGGAGCAAUUCAACGAUCUAUUGGUUCGUAUACUUCUGCUCGCUGCCAUGAUAUCCUUUAUACUCGCUUGGUUUGAAGAGAGCAGUAGCCAAAUCACCGCUUUCGUUGAACCUUUCGUUAUAUUACUCAUAUUGAUCGCGAAUGCCGCCGUCGGCGUGUGGCAGGAAAGAAAUGCUGAAAGUGCAAUUGAAGCUUUGAAGGAAUACGAGCCUGAAAUGGCCAAAGUCCUGCGAGAGGGUAAAAAGGGUAUUCAACAAAUAAGAUCAUUCGAGCUUGUACCAGGAGAUAUCGUUGAAGUGGCCGUCGGGGAUAGUGUUCCAGCUGAUAUACGCCUAACAACAAUAUUAUCUACCACUUUACGAGUCGAUCAAUCUAUUUUGACAGGGGAAAGCGUGAGCGUUAUAAAAUACACAGAUCCCAUUCCUGAUGAAAAGGCAGUCAACCAAGACAAGAAAAAUUUACUUUUUUCGGGCACAAAUAUAGCGUCCGGUAAGGCAAGAGGCGUGGUUAUAGGGACCGCAUUACGAACUGAAAUGGGCAAAAUACGAAAAGAAAUGCAAGAAACCGAAACUGAUAAAACUCCAUUACAACAAAAAUUAGACGAAUUUGGCGAACAAUUAUCAAAAGUUAUCUCGGUAAUAUGCGUUGCCGUGUGGCUAAUUAAUAUAGGCCAUUUCAAUGACCCAGCUCAUGGGGGUUCCUGGCUCAAAGGGGCUGUCUACUAUUUUAAAAUUGCCGUUGCGUUGGCAGUAGCUGCUAUCCCUGAAGGUUUACCUGCUGUCAUAACUACCUGCUUAGCAUUAGGAACCCGUAGAAUGGCUAAGAAAAAUGCGAUUGUUAGGAGUCUACCUAGCGUUGAAACUCUUGGUUGCACUUCCGUUAUUUGUUCUGAUAAAACUGGAACCCUAACAACUAAUCAAAUGUGUGUGGUCAAGUUUUUCAUAUGCUCCUUUGGGCCAAAUGCCCCUGGGAACUCAGGCGGAGAUAAGGGGCCCUCAAAGAAUGUAUUCGAACUAUUCCCCGAGAGCGCCUCUAAUAACGUGAAACUGGAAGAAUUCGACGUUACCGGCUCAACAUAUGAACCAGUAGGCGAAGUUCUUCAGAGGGGCAAACGCAUAAACACAUCCCAAUUUGAGGCUCUUUACGAACUGGCAAGCAUCUGUUCUUUGUGUAACGAAUCCAGUGUCGACUUCAACGAGCAUAAAGGGUUCUACGAAAAGGUUGGAGAAGCCACUGAAGCCGCGCUCACUGUAUUGGUAGAGAAACUUAACAUAUCUCAUUUAAACAAAAGUAACGCCAUUAAACGGGAUUUGGCCAUGAUAUGCAACAAUAAAAUAUCUGAAGAAUGGGAAAAAAAACUUACUCUGGAGUUUAGCAGGGAUAGAAAAUCUAUGAGCGUCUAUGCGUUUCCGCUAAAAGGUGUAGCUGCCGAUAACUUUGCUAACGCAAUGGCUCCCAAAUUGUUAUGCAAAGGCGCCAGCGAGGGUGUUCUUGAAAGAUGUAAUUACGUCAGGAUUGGUAAGGCUAAGGUGCCUCUCGGGGCCGAGCUCAGGAAGAGAAUUUUGGACUUGAUCCGGCUAUACAGUUCCGGUAAGGAUACUCUAAGGUGCUUGGGUCUAGCCACAGUUGAUGACCCUUUGCCAAUAAAUAAAUUGGAUUUGACGGACGCGAAUAACUUUAUCAAGUACGAAACAGAUAUGACUUUUGUAGGAUUAUGUGGCUUGUUAGAUCCACCUAGAAAAGAAGUCUUACCUGCUAUAGUGGAAUGUAAAAACGCUGGGAUACGAGUCAUCGUUAUUACUGGGGAUAAUAAAGCUACUGCCGAAGCUAUUUGCAGAAGGAUAGGAAUAUUUGGAGAUCUUGAAGAUACCAAAGGACUCUCCUAUUCCGGUCGCGAAUUCGAUGCCCUCUCCAUACCAGACCAGAAGGCAGCAGUGUCUCGAGCUCGACUUUUCAGCCGGGUAGAACCUUCUCACAAGUCCCGCAUUAUAGAGUACCUUCAAGAGGCUGGAGAGGUUUCCGCUAUGACCGGCGACGGAGUCAAUGACGCCCCUGCUCUCAAAAAAGCCGAGAUAGGUAUUGCCAUGGGCAGUGGUACCGCUGUAGCGAAAUCUGCGGCUGAGAUGGUUCUAGCUGAUGAUAAUUUCACUACAAUAGUAGCUGCCGUUGAAGAAGGUCGGGCUAUUUACAACAACAUGAAACAAUUUAUUCGAUACCUCAUUAGUUCCAACAUCGGAGAAGUCGUCAGUAUAUUUUUGACGGCGGCUCUCGGUAUGCCUGAAGCCUUAAUCCCAGUUCAGUUGCUCUGGGUUAAUUUAGUUACUGACGGAUUACCAGCCACAGCUCUAGGAUUUAACCCACCCGAUGUUGAUAUCAUGCAAAAACCACCUAGAUCCAACAAAGAUACUCUUAUAUCUGGAUGGCUCUUUUUUAGAUACAUGACCAUUGGAAUGUACGUUGGAAUGGCCACUGUAGGAGCAGCAGCUUGGUGGUACAUGAUACACGAUAAAGGCCCUCAUCUUAACUAUUAUCAAUUGACGCAUCAUUUAUCUUGCCCGACAAAUCCUGAAGCCUUCAUGGGUGUUGAUUGUAAUGUAUUCGAUGAUCCUCAUCCAAUGACUAUGGCGUUAUCUGUCCUAGUCACAAUUGAAAUGUUGAACGCACUCAAUAGUUUGAGCGAAAACCAAAGUUUACUUGUUAUGCCCCCAUGGAGUAACAUGUGGCUUAUAGGUGCUAUCACAUUAUCCAUGUCUUUACAUUUGUUGAUUCUCAACGUUGAAGUUUUAUCUGUCGUAUUUCAAAUAUGUAAUCUCACAGUCGAAGAAUGGAUAGCUGUUUUAAAAAUAUCGUUCCCCGUUAUAAUACUGGACGAAAUCUUGAAAUUCAUAGCAAGAAAAGUCACCGACGCUCCUAGCUUUUCGAAACUUAAGACGGCAUAAGAAAUUCUAUCUAUCUCUUAAUCGAUUGUGUAAACGUAUAAAAAAAACUACUGCUAUUUAUGCGUCAAUAUUAAAAUGUGAUAUAAAAUAGCAUUAAUUAUUCGACAAAAUUCACAUAUUGUAUACGUAAUUACCAAUAUUCGGAAAAAAAAUUCUAAUCAUUUUGCCUUAAAUUAUAUAUUUUUUAAAUCUAUUCCAUUAAAUUCCCUAAAAGCUUAAUAAUCUGUCCUGUUUUUAAUUUUUUUUAUUACUUUAUAAAUAUAAUGCUUAGUUAAUUUUUGAAGGAGAGUUAUAAUAAUAACAUUAAAUAUCCUUUUUGAUCAUCCCAAUUUUUAUGCCUUUUUAAAAUAAGAUAAAUGCUAAUAUAUAUAAAUUUGAUGUUAUCUGAAAAUCUUGACUUGUAAUUGUAUAUAAUUAAGUUAAAGUGUAUUUUUGUACAUAUAGUUAAAAUUUACUUGGUAAAAUAUCCGCUUUCUCUUAUUAAAAAAAUGUCCAAUU